AUGAAGUGUACUAUCUUAUCAGGCAUAGUAUUUGUUGUGGCUGCCAUACUAUAUGGUUCCAGUUAUGCCUUUGUUGCUAAGGGUUUACAGUACUUUUCUGCUGGUUUAUUCCAAACAUUUAGAAUGUACUUUGGUUUUAUUUUCACGGUUGUUUUACUUGUCAUAAGAUAUGUUACAGAUAAAGAUGGCUCCUACAAAGAUAAAAUCAAGGAACAUUUUACCAACGGUAUUAUGCCCAUCGUUUGGAUGUUAAUUGAUGGACUUUUAAACUUAGGCACUCCACACUGCUUAAUUGCUGUUGCACAAAAGUGGGUAUCUUCAGCAAAUGUUCAAAUUAUGCUUCCGAUAUCGACAGGUGCGGGUGCAGUUAUGGCUCAUUUUGUGCUUGAUGAUGAACCCUUCACAUGGUGGACACUUUGGUCGAUUUUAGCAUCAAUUGUUGGUGUAAUAUUAUGUGGUGUCCCUUCCUUCAGACAUGCAGAGUCAACAGGCGCAACAAAAGGUCAGAUGUGUCUUGGUUACUUCUUAGUUCUUAUAUCUGUUAUCAUGUUCGGCAUUGCUCCAGUAUUUUACAAAUGGAAAUGCACCGAUUCAGAUGUUACUACUGGAGUUGCAAUUCAACUUUUUGCAUCUGUUAUAUGGAAUGCUAUUUGGAUGCUUUGCUUCGAUGGUCCAAAGAAUAUUUCCCAAAUGUUAAGCGAUGCUCCUGGAAUUGCAUGGUUAUAUCCGGUUUUAGUUGGUGUUUUAGUUUCAGGUGUUGCUGUCCAAUGUCUUCUUUACUUGGUUUCGACAUUGGGAUCUUUUGGCACAAAUUUAGUCCCAUUUGGUCAAUUAAUUGUAGGUGUUAUCGUAGGAGUCACAUUUCUCCAUGAAUGGUCAGCUUAUCAGAAAUGGGAGAUCGGAAUAUGCUGCGUUGGUAUCCUAUUUAUAAUUGUUUCACUUGGAUUGGGAUUUGUUGAAUCUAAAUCUAAGGACAAGGAAGAAAAAAGUGAUGAAUAUUCAUAUAGUGAAAGGAAAGAAUAUGAGAUGCCAUUAGAUGAGGCAGUAACACCUUGA